CGAUGAGGCGCCCACUAAUCCUUUUCAUCGCUUUAGUUUAGACCCCCCCCCAGCAAGAUGGUGUUGACCCAACGUGAAGAAGACAUCCAAAAGAUGCUCGCCGCCAUGGUGCACAUCGGCACGCGCAACGCCGACAGCCAAAUGGCUGACUACAUCUGGCGCCGCCGCAACGAUGGUGUGCACAUCAUCAACGUCGGCCAAACGUGGGAAAAGCUCAUGUUGGCCGCCAAGGUCAUUGUGGCCGUCGAAAACCCCGCGGACGUGAUUGCCAUUUCGGCGCGCCCGUACGGCCAACGCGCUGUGUUGAAGUUCGCUCAGUACACUGGCGCCCAAGCCAUUGCUGGCCGCUUCACCCCCGGUACCUUCACCAACCAAAUCACCAAGCAAUUCCGUGAACCCCGCUUGUUGAUCAUCACGGACCCCCGCACUGACUCGCAGCCCGUGCGUGAAUCUGCCUACGUGAACGUGCCCGUGAUUGCCUUUGUCGACUCGGACUCCCCGUUGCGCUACGUCGACGUGGCCAUCCCUGCCAACAACAAGGGCAAGCUCUCGAUCGGUCUGUUGUACUGGUUGUUGGCCCGUGAAGUGCUCCGUCUCCGUGGCACGAUUUCGCGCGCCCUUCCUUGGGAAGUCGCCGUCGAUCUCUUCUUCUACCGCGACCCUGAGGAGUUGGCCAAGGCCGAAGAAGUUGUUGGUGCCUCGGACGAGACCGCCCGUGCCGGUUGGUCGAACGAAGCCGCGGCCGCCGAAACUGCCCAAGAGCAACCCAACUUGUACACCCCGGAACCUGCCCAAGACUGGAACACUCCCGGUGGUGAAUGGGGCGCUGACGCCGCCGCUGGUGGCUGGGAUGCGUCCACCCCUGCCCCUGCUACCUCCAGCUGGGAAUAAACCAACCAACGAAAGGAUUUGAUGUAGAUGAGGAAUGCUCCAUUGCAUGGACAAAACGACGGUGUUAAGCGAUGGCACCUGGUUAAUGCAAUUCAACGAGUGUCCCUCAUAA